AUGGAUAGUGGGAACUGGGCUGCAAUGGUCGGGGACGGCGCAGCCAACAUGACAGCUUCCCAUAUCUGGCUAAGUGUCCUCAACUCCUCCAGCCCGCCAACCCGCUGGGGAAGCCGUCCACCCCCAGAGGGCACCGCGCUGGACGACCGGGACCGACUUGUCCAGGAGCAAGCCUACCGCGACUUCACCACUGCUGUCCAGAUUCUCAUCCUCAUUGGUUCGGUACUCGGGAAUGCCACCGUAUUGUGGUGCACCUGCUCCACAAAUGUCUUCAAAUCCGUAACCAACCGCUUCAUCAAAAACCUGGCUUGCACCGGUAUCUGCGCAGGAUUGGCCUGUGUUCCCUUCGACGUGGCACUGGGCUCCAGCCCUCACUGCUGCUGGUGGCUUCACACACUGCUGCUCUGCAAGACUAUGAAGUUCCUCCACAAACUUUUCUGCUCAGUAAUUGUGCUCAAUUUCAGUGCCAUUGGACUAGACAGAUACUAUUCAGUUUUAUACCCGCUUGAGAAGAAGAUCUCAGAUGCGAGAUCCAGAGAUCUGGUCAUCUACAUUUGGGUCCAUGCAGUGGUGGUGAGUCUCCCUGUGUUUGCCGUUACCAACGUCACCGAUGUGUACGUGACGGCAUCCUGCUCAGAAGACCACGCCCGAUCCCUGGGACAUACUCUGUACGUGUUGAUCUACAACAUCACCACAGUCAUCUUCCCUCUGGCAUUGGUCUUCUUCUUCAUGCUGCUCAUCCGCAGAGCACUCAGUGCCAGCCAGAAGAAGAAGGUGAUCAUAGCGGCCUUGCGGACGCCGCAGAACAGCAUCUCCAUCCCGUAUGUAUCGCGACGUGAGGCGGAGCUGCAUGCCAGUCUCCUGGCUGUUGUGCUGGCAUUCUCCGCCUGCAGCACUCCUUAUGGUGCUCUGGUGGUUUAUCGCACACUUUUGGUGGACGCCAAACAGCUGCCUUCAUCACUGUACCUCACAGCCUUAUGGCUCCCUAAGGUUUCCUUGCUAACCAACCCGCUUUUGUUCUUGACUGUUAAUCGCUCAGUGCGCCACAGUUGCUUAGAACUGUUGUCCAGGAUACACAGACGCUACAGCCGACGAAACAUGGUCAGUACAGGGGCUCUGUCAUCUCUGGGUGGGGAGGCUGUGAUAGGAGAACCAAUGGGACUGGAGACAGUGGGUCACUCUGGAAGCCAACUUCUGGAAAUGUUCAACAUAGGCCAGCAGCAGAUAUUCCGAGUCUCGGAUGAGGAAGAAGAUAAUGUAGCAAAUAAGAUCCCUCCUCACAGAUUAGAGGUUCCAAAAGAAGACCACAACAACGGGUCACGGCUAACAGGGCUCAGGUCGCACGCCAUUACAAAAAAUGAUUUGUUGCAAAGACACGGCAGUGGACACACAAAGGAAGGCAUCCCUCCAGUGACAGCACCGCGCUCAUCUCCGGCCCACACGUGUGCUUACACUUCAUCGUCGCAGGUAGCGCCGGCUACUCUCCCAGAAACUGAAGAUCCCACCCAGUUUGGGUUUGGACCCUUUGAGCUGCCUCCUCAGUGGUUACCAGAGACACGGAACAGCAAGAAAAGGCUGCUUCCACCAUUGGGCAACACACCUGAGGAGCUGAUCCAAACCAAGUUACCCAAGCCACGGCCCGAACGGCGAAUAAGCAGGAACAACAAGGUCAGCACCAUCUCUGCUGUGGAUCCAUGA